AUGUUUUCGCAAAUAAUGAACUCGUUUAUUGCCAGCAGAGAAAAGGGAGGAACGCAGAGUGGAGGAAUUUCAAACGAAAGAGUUUUAGCGGCGAAUUCGGAUUCUAGACUCAGACCUCAAAACUCAUCAAUUCGAUCAUCUGGUCAAGCUCAAAAUCAGCCAUCUUUGCUCAGAAAUCAGCCGGCAGUAAACCGAAAUCAUCAAGUAAGCCAAGAGCAAAAGCCGAUGACGGUCAGGACGCAAGUUCCGGGUAGCCAAGAUGUCGGGCGACAUUUGAACAGAAAGGAGUUGGCCACGAUGUCGAAUUUGGACAAGAGGUUGAAGGGGAAAAGAGUCGGCCCACAGACACUUUUGGACAAACACGAAGCAAAAAAGGAGCAAAAGGGAAAAUACCCCUACCGAACCGGUGCGAUCGAAGAAGACUACGAAGUCGGCCAAGACCUUGGCGCCGGUCAAUUUGCGGUUGUAAAGCGAGUUCGACACAGGAAAACUGGGAAGUUCUACGCCGCCAAAUACAUUCGAAAGAGAAAAGUAAAGACGUCGAGAAGAGGAGUUCCGCAAGAAGAAAUUGAGAAGGAAAUUGCUGUUUUACAAGACUUAGAUCACCCCCGAAUCGUUAAACUGCGCGAAUCGUGGAACACUGCCAACGAAAUCAUUCUUGUCCUGGAACUAGUCAGCGGGGGCGAGCUCUUCGACUACCUUGCCGAGCGAGAGCAGCUGACGGAGAACGAAGCUGCCGGAAUCAUCAAGCAAGUUCUGGAAACGAUUUCGUAUAUGCACGAAUUGAAAAUUGCGCAUUUUGAUUUGAAGCCGGAAAAUGUCAUGUGCCUACCUGGAAAUGUACCGGCAGGUGGAGCACCAAAAAUCAAACUUGUCGAUUUCGGCCUGUCCCAGCGAUGCGAUUUGGGAAUUGAAGUCACUGCCAUGCAUGGAACUCCCGAAUUCGUCGCCCCAGAAGUGUUGGCCUUUGAACCAAUCGGCCUUGAAGCAGAUUUGUGGAGCAUCGGAGUCAUCACUUACAUCCUUCUUUCAGGCUGCUCUCCUUUUCAAGGGGACGACAAGGCAGAAACAUUCCAAAGAAUCGCCCAGAUGGACUAUUCUUUCGACGAUGAAGAUUUUGCUGGAGUAUCUCAAGAUGCAAAGGAUUUUAUUGAAAUGCUCUUCACUCGAAACCCGCUGGAACGAGCCACUGCAAAGGACUGUCUCAAAUCAAGCUGGAUAAAGAGAUUCACGCCCGAGGGAGUUGCGAUUGACGUCGAAGCCGAAAUGAGAGUUUUGCGAAGAGAACAAAAGGAACUUGAAGAAAAAGUCAAAAUCAACGAAGGGCAGUAUGAGAAGCAAAAACAAGGUGCUCAAGGGUCACUUCACCGAAACAGCCGACUUACUGCAGAUACUAGUGCUGCCGGACUUUUAAGGCAACUGAGCGAGCAGCGAAAAACCCUUCAAAAAGAUGUCGAUGAUUUCCGAACUCAACUUAUUGGCAAAGAGGGCGCUCGAAGAAGAGGAUCUCUAGUUCGAGAACCAUCUGAAGCUCAGACGCAGAGACACUACGAUACUUCCUUCAAUAUAAAUGGGCGGACUUUUGAUGUCCAACAAACUCGACAAACAAUUGGCUCUGGAAUCACCCGAUUGGAGCAGUCUGCUAGUGGCUUAGAAACUCACAGAUCUGAUAUCAGGAGAAUGACGAGAACAAGCCAGAAUACGAUGGAUAGCCUCAAUCGAUCGCUUAACUCUUCCCUUAGCAGGUUUUCUUCACUCGGUUCCGAGGUUCGUUCACGAUUUGGACCAGAUCUGUCAACAACUGCAUAUUCGUCACUGUAUUCCUCGGGUAGACAGAAGAGAUUUUAG